AUGUGGGGUCUUUCGCUCAUCGAUACACUGUUACCGCUGUGGAUCAUCAUCUGCAUGGUUGGAGGAGUCCUGAUCGGCUACUAUGUGCCUAAUGUCGAGACGGUGCUGGACGCUGUCAAGUUUGCAGAUGUAUCGCUCCCCAUCGCGAUCGGCCUACUCGUGAUGAUGUACCCGGUCUUUUGUCGCAUCAAGUACGAGGAGCUGGGAGCGCUUUUCAAGGGAAGGUUUAUGAGGAACCAAAUCCUUUUUUCCUUGGUGGUCAACUGGAUCGUCGCCCCUCUCUUCAUGGUCGCCCUGGCGUGGAUGACACUACCAGACCUACCAGACUACAGGAGCGGAGUUAUCCUUGUUGGUGUUGCCCGCUGUAUCGCCAUGGUCCUCAUUUGGAAUCAGCUUGCAGAUGGGGACCAGGAGUUUUGCGCAGUUACGGUGGCUGUCAACUCUCUUUUGCAGAUCGUCCUGUACGGUCCCCUAGCCUACUUCUAUGUCGUCAUCGUCGGCAAAGGAACCGUAUUCCAUAUCGACAUGUGGAUUAUCGUCAGGAGCGUCCUCAUCUACAUGGGAAUUCCGUUGUUGGCCGGCUUCUUGACUCGUUGGAUCCUGCGUCGAUAUGAAUGGUACCACAAGACCUUCGUCCCUGCCGUGGGAAAGCUCUCGUUGCUGGCAUUAUUGUAUGUCAUCGUCGUCAUGUUUGCCCUCCAAGGCCACGAGAUUGUGAACGACAUUGGGAACGUUCUCCGAACGGCUGUUCCGUUGAUCUUAUAUUUUUUGGGUAUCUUCUUUGGAGUCUUGUUGUGGUGCUUGGCGACGAAGGUUCCCUACGACAUUGCCGUACCACAGUGCUUCACUGCCGCCUCCAACAAUUUCGAGCUUGCCAUUGCUGUUGCUGUGGGCACGUAUGGCGUCAAAUCCAAGGAAGCACUUGCCGCGACAAUCGGCCCCUUGAUAGAGGUUCCCAUGCUUCUUUUGCUGGUGUAUGUGCUCAAGUACGUACGUGGUCGCUGGUACUCUCCGCAGCUUUCGGUUCAAUCUAAAUUUGAAAAGAACGACGAUGUAGAGAUCAAAUGA